CAAAUUUGUUUGGGAAACUUGGAAACAAACCAGCAGCGUUUCUGUCACAAUGGGUAUUGACAUUGAGAGACACCACGUCAGAAAGUCUCAACGCAGCAAGCCUGCCUCUGAGAACGUCUACUUGAAGCUUUUGGUCAAAUUGUACCGCUUCUUAGCCCGUCGUACUGACUCUCGCUUCAACAAGACUAUCUUGAAGCGUCUUUUCCAAUCCAAGACCAACCGUCCUCCUAUCUCGAUUUCCAAAAUUGCUGCUUUAACCAGUCGCAAGGCUUCCGAUCUCGAAGGCAAGACCGUUGUUACCGUUGGUACCGUUACUGAUGAUGAGCGUAUGUUGACCGUCCCUAAGCUCUCCGUCGCCGCUCUUCGCUUCACCAAGUCUGCCCGUGCCCGUAUCUUGAAGGCCGGCGGUGAAGUCAUGACUUUGGACCAACUUGCCCUCCGUGCUCCUACCGGUAGCAACACCGUUCUUCUCCGUGGUAGAAAGCAUGCUCGUGAGGCCUUCCGUCACUUCGGUUUCGGUCCCCACAAGCACAAGGCUCCCCAUGUCCGUUCCGAAGGACGCAAAUUCGAAAGAGCCCGUGGUCGCAGAAAGUCUCGUGCCUUCAAGGUAUAAAAUGCUUUUUUCGAUUCUUUAUUCUUUACCCUUUCUGCACUUUCCUACUUGUUUCAUCUUUGGGUUGCUUGCCUGGUUUUUACAUCAUCUUGUGUGUCUAAUUUCACUCGACAUUCGUAGAUAGAUUUCCUACUACUGUGUCUACGAUGAUAUACAUCACUACUUUUUCUCUCAAGCAUGUAGAUAAAUAGUUGUAGGAGUUUCAGUAUGAAUGCAAAUUUUUGAGUUUGAUGCAUUUUUUGUGUGGUUUUUUUUCUUUCCUAGGUUUUUUUGUAUACAAAAGCCUAGCAGUUUUUAUAUUCUCUUAGCACAACAUUCAAGAUGGCUACGCUAGUUGAAGCAUGGUAUAAAAUUUUAAUUUUUGACCAAUUCAAAGAGUACAGAAUUCAUGGUUUUCCAUAGAACAUUUCCUUU